CAGCAGCGUAUGCCUCACCGUCACUGCACACUUAUGCAUAGGCGUGGUUGGUGCUCUCUUAAUGUGGUUCGCCGCUGCAAGAUUCGAAUGUUUAGUCGUGGAAAUUGAGAAAAUUACAAAUGUUCGUAUGUUGAUCGUUUGUAUUAAGAAAGAAUUAUUUUUAAGAAGGUAAAGAUGAUGUUUUAUGUUGUUUGAUUUAAGCCAGACAUUUGUCUUCGUUUUAAGUAAUUUCUCUCUGUCUAGAUACGCGGAGGAAGUGGUCGGUUGUUUUCGCUUUAUAGUACUUUAUGUGUUGGGAAUGACAACGUUUACCAUAACUCUGUGUGGGAUUUUGAUGAUAAUGGAUUCUCCAAUUACUACGAAAAUGGAGCUCGUUAACUCUAGUGCCUUCUGUCUCAUCCUCACAUUCAUGUAUGCGUGGCCAGCUGAUUAUUUGCAAGACGCUAGUGUGAACGUCUCGCAAAGCGUAUACGACAUGGACUGGUACGAACAAUCUUCAGAAAUGCGAAAGCACAUGCUCAACGUGUUGGUUCAUCAAAAACCGGUAACACUUUCUGUCGGUUGUUUUAUGCCGGAACUUAAUUUGCGUUUCUUUUGUUCGGUAAGAGAAAUCAAUGUCUCUUUUGUCAAUUAUAAUAGUCAGUAGAUUAUCGAUAUUUACGUAAUGUUUUGUCAGUGUAUAUAUUUUUAUAUUUCUUUGCAUUCUUAUUCUGUGCUUGGAUAUAAAUAUAUAAUAUGCACUGGUCCGCAGAGAAG